UGCCGAGCUCAAUCUAAACGGGAAAUUGUCGAAUUGUGGUUUCUAGUCCCUCCCGACUUUCCGUUCUUCCAGGCCCGGCUGACUGAGAUACCCGAGGCCGCCAUAUUGAAUAAGAAACCCGGCCUCUGAAGGAGACGGCGGGUUGUAGACAAUUCUGCAGGGCAGCCUCGGCGGCGCCAGGGAGAAGCAAUAUGUUAAGGAUACCUGUAAGAAGGGCCUUAGUGAGCCUUUCUAAGUCUCCUAAAGGAUGUGUUCGAACAACUGCCACAGCAGCAAGCAACUUGAUUGAAGUAUUUGUUGAUGGUCAGUCUGUCAUGGUGGAACCAGGAACUACCGUCCUCCAAGCUUGUGAGAAGGUUGGCAUGCAGAUCCCUCGAUUCUGUUAUCAUGAAAGGUUGUCUGUUGCUGGAAACUGCAGGAUGUGCCUUGUUGAAAUUGAGAAAGCUCCUAAGGUUGUAGCUGCUUGUGCCAUGCCAGUAAUGAAAGGUUGGAAUAUCCUGACAAACUCAGAGAAAACUAAGAAAGCCAGGGAAGGUGUGAUGGAGUUCCUACUAGCAAAUCACCCACUGGAUUGUCCUAUUUGUGACCAGGGAGGUGAAUGUGAUCUGCAGGACCAGUCCAUGAUGUUUGGAAGUGAUAGGAGCCGGUUUUUAGAGGGGAAACGUGCUGUGGAGGACAAGAACAUUGGGCCAUUGAUAAAAACCAUUAUGACUAGAUGUAUACAGUGUACUCGGUGCAUCAGAUUUGCAAGUGAGAUUGCAGGAGUAGAUGAUCUGGGAACAACAGGCAGAGGAAAUGAUAUGCAAGUUGGCACAUACAUUGAAAAGAUGUUCAUGUCUGAACUUUCUGGGAAUAUCAUUGACAUCUGCCCUGUAGGUGCCCUGACCUCUAAGCCCUAUGCCUUUACUGCUCGGCCUUGGGAAACAAGAAAGACAGAAUCCAUUGAUGUAAUGGAUGCAGUUGGAAGUAAUAUUGUGGUCAGCACAAGAACUGGAGAGGUAAUGAGGAUUUUGCCAAGGAUGCAUGAGGACAUCAAUGAAGAGUGGAUCUCUGAUAAAACCAGAUUUGCCUAUGAUGGGCUAAAACGUCAAAGACUUACCGAGCCGAUGGUCAGAAAUGAAAAGGGGCUUUUAACAUACACCACCUGGGAGGACGCACUCUCUCGUGUAGCUGGAAUGUUGCAGAGUUUUCAAGGCAACGAUGUGGCAGCAAUUGCAGGUGGCUUGGUGGAUGCUGAAGCCCUAGUAUCUCUCAAAGAUUUACUUAAUAGAGUGGACUCUGACACCCUAUGCACUGAAGAGGUGUUCCCUACCACAGGAGCUGGCACAGAUCUACGUUCCAAUUAUCUUCUUAAUACUACAAUUGCCGGUGUGGAAGAGACAGAUGUUGUCCUCCUGGUUGGUACAAAUCCACGUUUUGAGGCACCACUAUUUAAUGCUAGAAUUCGAAAGAGUUGGCUCCACAAUGACUUAAAAGUGGCCCUUAUAGGCAGCCCUGUUGAUCUCACUUACAGCUACGACCAUCUGGGAGAUUCUCCCAAAAUUCUUCAAGACAUUGCUUCGGGCAGCCAUCCUUUCAGCCAGGUCCUAAAGGAAGCUAAAAAACCAAUGGUGGUUUUAGGCAGUUCUGCACUCCAAAGAAAUGAUGGGGCAGCAAUUCUUGCAGCUGUUUCCAACAUUGCUCAAAAGAUUCGGAUGAGUAGUGGUGUUACUGGUGAUUGGAAAGUUAUGAAUAUCCUUCAUAGGAUUGCAAGCCAAGUAGCUGCUUUGGACCUUGGCUAUAAACCUGGGGUGGAAGCAAUUCGGAAGAACCCUCCCAAAGUGCUGUUUCUUCUGGGAGCAGAUGGAGGUUGUAUUACUCGACAGGAUUUGCCAAAGGAUUGUUUCAUUAUUUAUCAAGGACAUCAUGGUGAUGUUGGAGCUCCUAUAGCGGAUGUUAUUCUCCCCGGCGCUGCUUACACAGAGAAGUCUGCUACUUAUGUCAAUACUGAGGGCCGAGCUCAGCAGACUAAAGUAGCAGUGACACCUCCUGGCUUGGCAAGAGAAGACUGGAAAAUUAUAAGAGCACUUUCUGAGAUUGCAGGUAUGACUCUUCCAUAUGAUACUCUGGAUCAAGUAAGGAACAGAUUGGAAGAAGUCUCUCCUAAUCUUGUUCGAUAUGAUGAUGUCGAAGGAGCUAAUUAUUUCCAGCAAGCAAAUGAGCUUUCCAAGCUCGUGAACCAACACCUUCUUGCUGAUCCACUUGUUCCACCUCAGCUAACAAUAAAAGACUUCUACAUGACAGAUUCAAUUAGCAGAGCCUCACAGACAAUGGCUAAAUGUGUCAAAGCUGUCACAGAGGGUGCCCAUGCAGUAGAGGAACCAUCCAUAUGCUGAAACAUCUACUAGCACCCAGUUAGUUAAAGGACAGUUACGUUGGCAUGAUCUCUUAGAGGUGUAUCUCUCUAAAAAAUAAUCUAAAUGAUGUAAUAUUUAAGGUUCUACCAUGAUUUAUUUGAAAACAAUAUUGCAAUUGUCAAAGAACUUUGAGGUUUCCAAACAUUUAUGUAUUGCGUGUAAAUGUUAAAUAGUUUAAUAAACAUGUAUAGAUGCCCUUUCAUGUAAAAGCACUGAUAAUCCUUGUGACAUAAAAAAGAAAAUCCUUAAAAUAUGAA